CGACAUCUCUCUAUUCUAAACUGAAUCUUCCUUCUCAUCAUGCAAAUAACGUCUUCGCUCGCGUACUUGCUACUUGCAGCUACAGCAUCAUGCCAGCAAGACCGCAGCGACCGAGAGACCGAUUCUCCGGGCAUGACAGCGACACAGCCUUCGUUGAUUACGCCACUCACUUCAGCUUCUUCGUCCCACGUUGAUCAGAAUUUCAAAGACAUCAACAACGCCUCUUCACCAAUUAUCCCAACCCCAGUCCCGACAACUUUGAUCACAUCCACCGAGCCCGCCGCAUCGAUGGCACUGUUUGCCCCGACGAGCGUCACCCCGCCGAGCGUUCAGCGCCCACCCAAUGGUCUCCCCUGGCUCGCCAACAAAGACGAUAAGGACGAAAACACAGUCUGGUGCAUCUCCAGGAGCCAUUACGACGUCUCCUACAAGCCCUAUAACCCUUGGGCCCUCGUCGGACAAAUGGAACCACGCUACCGGCACAAAUUUGUUUUCCCCAGACUUAUGAAGGAGGCACCCGCGAACGGGGAAUACGAGGUCAUCCCCCGAACCUACCGCAUCACCGGCGACAAGUGGCUGCCCCUCUUCAAAGACGUUAGAGAAAACACCUGCAUGCUCAUCAAGGCGAGGAACUUUGGCGAGAUACGGCCGGAUAUCUACACUCGUGCACACUCCAUGUUGGCCAAGAUUGACGAUUUCACAAUGUUGAAAAUGAUUAAAUUCAAGUACACCUACAAGAUCGAGCCCCUGUACAACAUAUACGGCGAGCCUCAACCCAACACUUGGGUGAAUCAGCAGGAUGACAGGCCUCUGAAACCGGUGAAGCAGAAGCCCAUACCGUGA